AUGACAGGUAUGGUUCAAACGGUGUUGGGACUUGUGCAGCCAUCAGAGCUGGGUCCCACAAUGACGCAUGAGCACCUGUAUAUUGACUUCUCGUUCAUGUACAGGCCGCCGCAGGACUCGGCGCUGGACCUGGCGGAUGACCCCAUAACACUGGAGAACGUGGGAUGGGUGCGGUACAACUAUUACAGUAACCACGCAAAUCUGCAGCUGAUGGACUUGGAUGCGGCCGUGGCGGAGGUAGCGCUGUACAAGGCUGCGGGCGGAGGCGCGAUCGUAGAUGCCACUACGAUUGGCAUUGGGCGCAACGCAAAGGCGUUGGAGCGGAUCUCAAAGGAAACGGGCGUGCAUGUGGUGAUGGGCGCGGGGUUCUAUGUGGACGCGGUGCAUCCUCAUGACAUGCACUUGCGAAACGUGGAUGUGGUUGCGCAACGGAUCGUCGAUGACAUCAGGAAUGGUGUGGACGGCACCGGGAUCAAGGCGGGCAUUAUCGGCGAGGUGGGCUGCACCUGGCCGCUUACCGAUAACGAGCGCAUGUCGCUUAGGGCGGCGGCGGCGGCGCAGCAGGAGACGGGCGCCAGUGUGCUCAUACAUCCGGGGCGGCAUCCGGAUGCGCCCGCGGAGAUUCUGGAGGUGCUUGCCGACGGCGGAGCGGACAUAUCACGGGUGAUUAUGGGGCAUCUGGACAGGACGGUAUUCGACCUGGACAGCCUGCUGACCAUAGCAUCUUCAGGCUGCUACCUCGAAUGGGACCUGUUCGGGAACGAGGGAUCAUACUAUCCGCUGGCGGACCUGGAUAUGCCGAGCGACGCGCAGCGGCUUGACCUCAUAAAAGGCGUGACAGACGCUGGCUACGCGAACAAAGUGGUUGUCGCACAGGACAUCUGCACGAACCACCGGCUUGUGCGCUAUGGGGGCCACGGGUAUGGGCACAUCCUCGCGAAUAUCGUUCCCAGGAUGCGGCGACGAGGCUUCUCGGAUGAUGUAGUCGAGGCGAUUACGGUGGGCAAUCCUGCCAGCAUCCUGACGUUUGCGUAG